CAAAUUGCGGUCCACAAUCAUGUAACUGUGUGAUGGCCAGGAUGCGUUCUAAAUUGUUCAAUCUACUUAAGUAUUGCUAGGACAUUUUUCCUUGCAAAUAUAUUUUUUAAACAGAUUGAGAAAUAACAUGUCGAUUUUCAUUUAGAUAUUUUCAGAGUAGGUGUAGGCUUCUUUUCGGUUUGUAAUCGUGCUUAACCAGUAGUCUAAGUAACCUAAUGUCUAUUGGGUGGAUACCAUUUUGUUAGGGAACAAAAAUAAGACAACGGGCAUUGUGGAGAUGCUAUACACCAUCCUAAAAAACAAGAAGUCACAAAAUGUUAGACGAUUGAUUCCAAACGACGACCUCGAAAUGUUUGCUUUACGCAACGUGCCUACAUAGCAACGCUCGGCUCCGCCUAUGUGAAAUGGUUGGGAAAAUGGACCAACCAAAUUCUACUUUAUCCAUAAUGACCAAUAGCAAAAUACCAGGGCGUGCCUCAUUCGUUGUGGAAACUUUACCGGCUCGGGUGCAAAGUUUCAGCCGUCUGCAAAUCAAAGUCUACCCUAACGUUUCUGAAAUAUACCCCAGUCUUUUAAUUUUCCCAGUUAGCCGCUUUUGAGGAACCAACAUCGUUUUUUGCUGUAUCUGGAAUUGGAUUUGGUUGUAAAUCGUACGAUAAUUACGAAUUUUUAACGAGCAUAUACAUAUUUACAAUACAUGAUGGAAUCCCAUCUCGAUUGGCACGCUACAGAUGGCUACCAGCAUAUUGUAAGCUAACUAGCUAACUCAGUUAUCUAGCUAAACGAGUGACCAGCGGAGAAAAAUGGCUUGUGAGCCUAAUCGUGUGCGGCUACUAUGCAUGCUUUCAUUGACAUUUGGUUUUUUUAUUGUGGAGGUAGUCGUCAGUCGGAUCACGGCAUCUUUGGCAAUGCUGUCGGACUCCUUUCAUAUGCUAUCGGAUGUCAUAGCGCUGGUUGUGGCUUUGGUGGCGGUGCGCUUCGCUGAGAAGACGCAAUCGACAAAUAAAAACACGUUCGGAUGGAUCCGGGCGGAGGUGAUGGGGGCUCUCGUAAACGCAGUGUUCCUCACAGCUCUCUGUUUCACCAUUAUCUUGGAGGCCGUCGAGCGAUUCACCAACCCACAUGAAAUCGAGAAACCCCAUGUAGUAAUCGGUGUGGGGGCCGCCGGGCUCCUGGUCAACCUCCUCGGGCUGUGCUUGUUCCACGGACACGCAGGUGGUGGACACGGGCACUCUCACGGAGGAGGCCAUUCUCAUGGAAAUAAGAAAAACAAGAGGGGUAAAAUAUGCAAGUCAGAAAGACCGAAUGGAUCAUCAGGAGAGGAGUCCAACAACCUGGUGGGAAGCCACAACAGCCCCCCUAAUGGCGUGGACAGUGAGAGACGUAGACAUGAGAUUGUUCGCAACGACGGCGAGGUGCAUAUGAACGGCAGCGCCGCCUACGAGGACAUGGACCACAGCCACGACGAGGGUUCACUCAACAUGCGCGGCGUCUUCCUGCACGUGCUGGGCGACGCCCUGGGCUCGGUCAUCGUGGUGGUCAACGCCCUUAUCUUCACCUUUGUGUGGCGGCCGUGCCCGCCUGGCGAGAGCUGCUUCAACCCAUGCCACUCGACAGAUCACCCGCACGUUAACCACACCCUGGUGGACCUGUCCAUGGACGGCAACGGUUCUAGCUUUCAGCGGACCAUGGUGGGGCCAUGCUGGGUGCUCUACCUUGACCCCACGCUGUGCAUCAUCAUGGUGGGUAUCCUGCUCUACACCACCUACCCACUGCUCAAGGAGUCUGCGCUGAUCCUCCUGCAGACGGUGCCCAAACAGAUCGACAUGCACCGCCUCAACGAGCGGCUGCUCUCGCUGGACGGUGUGCUGGCCAUUCAUGAGCUGCACAUCUGGCAGCUGGCGGGCUCGCGCAUCAUUGCCACGGCGCACAUCAAGUGCCACGACCCCACAUCCUACAUGGACGUGGCCAAGCGCAUCAAGGACUUCUUCCACGACGAGGGCAUCCACGCCACCACCAUCCAGCCCGAGUUUGUCACGGUCAAUUCCGAGUCAAGUGCCUCUCUCUGCGAGCUCUCCUGCCGAACUCAGUGUGCGCCCAAGUUGUGCUGUGGCGCUGCAGACAAGCAGGGUGUUGCUGGCACUGGUCCGGCAGGCGAGGGGAAGGUCCUGGCGGCCUCUGCAAUGGAGGUGAUCAGCGAGACCCCAGAGGGAGCAGCCGGAGCUUCAGUUCUGGAGCAGGCGGCUGCUGCAGUCGUCCAGGUGGUCCCCCGGACCCCGGAGCCCGAGGUCAUCAUCACCCGAGAGGUGGAAUCUUCUCUGUGAGACAGACCGGACACAGUUGGAGGAAGGAUAGAAUCACUACUAAAGUGGAUGGAAGUUUUUAAAAAGUGCCAGCCAAAGUUGACAGUGGGUUGUCGUGUGUACAGCGCGCUCUGAUUCUGGAAAUACUGGUAGGAAAAUGGCUCCACUACCGCAGACUUGUUCGAAGACACCCUUUGUCCCAGCCCUCCCACUGCCUACCCCUCGCCACCUCCUCACCUCUGACCUCCGCAACCGCCAUGGCCACGGCCUGGUCUGGCCUGCUGCAUGUGUAUCCUUCCCCACAUUAGCGCCGGGUUGUGAUGUGUCACCGUCGUCCCAUCCCUCCACGGUGUCUCUGUGCCAAAGCGUCUCAAUAAAGGACAGAAUGGAGACUCCCCUCCAGCAAGUACCAUGAGCCAACACGACACCUGCAAGGCCAAGCACACCUGUCUACUCCGCAGGUCUUUUUUGUUGAUCUUAUGGACCUUUUCAUUUAUGCAUUAUUUUUUUAUUUUUUGGGGAUAGGCUUUGAACAUCAAUUUUCUUAGCCUUGGCCCCACAAUAGAAAAUUGUUAUUACAAUUUAAUUUUAUUUAAGUUAUUAGUAAUGAUCUAUAAUUUUCUCUGUAGAUGCAUUUAUAAUAUUUAGUUUGGAUGGUAGAUUUAAUUUGUGAAAUUUUUCGGAAUAUUUGACGAACCAUCUAUGCUGUAGACUUGUUUUUGAAAAUAUGUUUUUUUUAAAUGAAUUUUUCUCAGACUUUUAUUCUGGCCUUGACUCUGUUUUAAUGGCAGUUGUUAGUUGAAGGCAGACGCUGUGUAAAAACCUCACCACGCCUAUAAUUCAAAUUGCUUUGAAAUAGCACUGAGUACUGUUCGCGUAAGUACUGUAGGCUAUCUUGUAUCAGCAAACUUCAGCAACUGUUUUAUUCAACAACAACAAAAUCGGAUGCCUUGCAAACCUGAGGGUCUAUCACUGAAGAAAAUGUGCACUACAAAAUGCCAAACAAUAUUCUGUUUUAAAUCUCUGCUGGAGAGCCAUCGGAUGGGUUGUUGAAAUUCAUACUAAUAUUCCUCAUGAAUGUGUUGGGGAAGGGACCUAGUCAAAAUCCAUCCUGAAUGUUUUUACAGUGUCCAGAGUGCUUCUGCUGCAACUUUGCAUGACCAAACUGAAGUGUGUUAUUUCAGCCACAGAGCUUCAGAACGAGCUAACACUGCUACAAAACAGUAGCCCACUUCCUUGUUUUCUCAGAUAGCGAGAAUAACUUUAUAGAUUAAAUGAAAUGUCACUGAAUCUUUUCCCUUCUUUCUGGUGACUGGAUUUGUGAGGCUUUAUGUGCCGAUGUAGAGUCAUCUUAGUGGCCUUUUUAAAUGGGAAAUCUGAUGGAAGGAAAUUCCCUCAUUCAUUAUUAUUAUUAUUAUUAUCAACACAAAGAUAUCAUUUAUAUGUUGAUUCAAGGAUGCAUUUCAGAUUUCCACUCAAAGUAAAUGUGUAUGCAAUAUAGAAUAAUUGUAUUGGGAAAUGUAUUUUGACACGUUCCUUUGUUUUUGAAAAGGUCUCGUUACUUUUAUUGUCUUUUGAGACUCAAGCCCUCUGUGCAAAUUGAGGUAUGUGUCAUUCGUUUUUUCGGAUUUUAAAUAUGACAUGUCUGCCAAUGUGUUUUUGAUAUAUUACAGUACCCGUCAAUGUGUCAUUGUGAACAUUUUAAAAUGGCUGUUUGGUACAGAUGUCAAACUGUUGUUUUGUGUAAUUUAAAAAAAAUGUGUUUUUA